CACAAUGAACCGUCAGACGGUGAGAGGCACGCAUGCGGGGCUGGAGGCAUUGGCACAUUUUUAGCACAUUAUUUUUGUAAAUUGUGCCUUUUCUUAGUCUUACUUAGUAAUUUUCUAACUAUUGAUACGCUUUAUGGAGGUUACACCACUCAGUUGGAAACGGUUGCUUCGUCGAGUUUGAUGAAAACGAGGUCGAGAUAAGACAACCGUUAGCCCCUCCUGGUGGAUUUUUGUCGUUAUUUUUUUUCUAAGCAACAAAACAAGGCAGAUAACGAUGUCGUUGACUGCUUCAUCUGAUUAUUUCGCUGCCGAGUGUUUGGUGUCGAUAUCCAGCGGUCCUGUCCUGCACAGACCCACCCCGGUCGCCCCCGCCAGCCAGCCGGCCAUGGUGGGCCUUCUCCCUGGGGAGCCCGACGGGUCGAGUGAGGACAGGGAAGUGCGCGAGACGCUAAGGCUGGAGGGGGCGAACAUGAUGGCGGUGGCCGGUAUUCUAACCGACCUCCACGGUAAGUUCCGCCCCAUGUCGGCCUACUCGGAGAGCAGUAACUCCUCGUGUGGAGGGGAGAGCGGCUACACCACGUUGUCCGACCCAACCACCCCUACCAUGACCCCCUCCGCCACCCCGGUGCCCGGACAGCAGCAGCAGCUGAGGGGGGGAGGAGGAGGAGGCGUGGGGGCCCCGCGCUCCCCGGUGAAGCGACACCAGUGCACUUUUGACGGAUGCGACAGAGUUUACGGGAAAUCGUCCCACCUGAAGGCACACAUCCGGACACACACAGGUGAAAGGCCCUUCCCGUGCACUUGGCCUGACUGUGAGAAGAAGUUUGCCCGCUCUGACGAGCUUGCCCGCCACACCCGCACCCACACAGGGGAGAAGCGCUUCCUCUGCCCACUAUGCGACAAGCGUUUUAUGCGCAGUGACCAUCUGAUCAAGCAUGCCCGCCGUCACCCCGACUUCCAGCCCUCCAUGUUGGGACGCAACAAGGGGUCCUCUUCCAGCCUUGCCAUGCACCAUUAAAGAUGGUCCCUGUCGGAGGGUUUCCCGACAGAGGCACAGAAGGUCACGGUGGUUUCAAGUCAACCAGCUACAAUCAGAUCCACUGAUCGGUGUUCAGCAUCGCUGUGCUGGACAAAAAAUGUGCACAUGACACAUGCACACACCUAAAACACACACAGAGCUGGAUGUGAGGGAAAUGUAGCUUCAUCUCUCUAUCCACAUGGAUGAGUCUUGCAACCACUAUCCUCCUAUCUAACAAAACUAGGGUUGGGUAUCAGCAAAGUUCCAAAGAGAGCUAGUGAUUUGCUAAGAAAUGUGCUUUUUGAUUCCAUAAAUCAUUUCCUGAAAGCAAGUUUUGGACCUACUGCACUCUACUUAAAAUGUUAGUUACAUGUAAGCAUGGGUAUAAAGUUUACAAAAAUAAAAAAACUGGAGCUAGCUGUCAGAUUUUUAGCUACACUUCCCUUUAAGGAAGUACGAAAGGAAUGAAUUGCUGCAUGAUCAUUAUACACAAGAAAAGGAGGUAAAGCCAGUCAUAGACAUGGACACAUUCAUUCCAAAGUGGUUUAGGUAUGCAGUGUUUCUGAUGCCCUGUCUCAUGAUGAAGAUAUGAACUGGUAAUAACCUUUCAAUAGAUCAGCUGCAUUGAUGGGAUGGUUUUGGUUGAGCCAUUCAGUUAAAAACAGUAAAAAGUCAGGGUACUACAUCACAUUGAUGCAUAUAAACCUGUAAAAAUAUUUCUGCCAUAAUGCGGUCCUAUUUAUAUGCAACCUAAGCUGAAUAUGAAGCUUUCAUUUCACUUCAAGUAAAACAUGUUAAACAACAAAACCCCACAGAGAAUAUUUAUAUGCAUAGUUUACUUUUAUGAACCAAAAUCGUACAAGUUUGUCGUUUAUGACAUGUUUAUGGCAGCCUAAACCAUAUGAGAAUAAAUGUGCUUUUGAAUUUCAACAUACUUUGUUUUCUUUUCUCUCAGGAUACGAUAAAAUUUGGAAUCUUAAAGCAGAUUUUAUCUAUCAAAUUCAGCCCAACCCUAUAAAACCUCACUCUCUCAAACUGAAACACUUUCACAAAUUGCAGGGAUUUUAUCACAUUAUCUGUAAUAGUCUGCACAUACAUCAUCAGCCAAAACUACUCUGUUUUCUAGUGGUUUAUAUGUAGAUUGUUGUUGUGCUUUUCAGUACCGUUUCUUUAACAUGGGUAGCACAAUAUUGUGAUGUUUGAUAGCGAGGCAGUGACUAGAAGUCUUUUAGCUUUUCUUUAUUAAUGAGCUUUGCUGAUUCCAUUUAGAAGUUUUAGUGGUGACACAUUCCUUUAUUUUAAUGACAUUAGUAACCAUCAGUGGCGCAAUUUGUUGAUAUUUUUUUCUUGUGUAUUGAAUUUAAAUGUAGAUCAAAUAUAAAUUUUGCCAGAAAGUGGCUCAAACUUCACUGUAGAAGAGCUGUUUGCACGGCAUCCUUACGCCUAGAUCAGUUAUCCUAAAUGAAAUGCUAACACAUAAUACACAGUAGUAUUAUGUCUAAUACUGAUGCAAAUGUAUAUAAGCUUUAAGCUUUUAACGUAGAAUAAUGGCAAUGCUACUAGCAGGAGAAAUAAAACAUGAUGAAUAGUAGUCCUUAUAUUAGGGGGGAAAGUAUACGCUUGAUAGGAGGGCAUUGCCUGUGAGCGUCUGUGUGUAUGUGCUUUUAUUUACUUAUUCUUAGUGACAGAUUUGGAGAAAGUGUGUGUGCGAUGGUAUUAAAAAAUAUUUUGGGAAACAAGACAUAAGUUAAUCUUGACUUUGAGUCUGCUACCUGCAGAAUAAAACUGUUCAUUCCGCUUAUCAGGUCAGAAAAGUACAGAAAAAGAUCAGGGGUUUAAGGCAAAGAGAUCUAAUGUGUCAGAACUUUGUGUAGAAAACAAAAUUAGCAUAAAAAUCAUUACAUCAGGGCAACUCAGUAAACCUAACACCCGUUAGGGUUGUCAUGAUUUUAAACAAAUGCAAUUCAAGUAAGGAUCAUAAGUUUUUUUCGAUAUCACACCAACAAAAGAUAGAAGUUAUUGUCAUCCAACUAGAACUACCACCUGUCAGUUAUAUGCGUCUGCAAGGUUUCAAUUCCUGAACAGGGGAAGAAGGAUGGUUGGUCAAGAAGAAGGGCUGGGGUGGUUUUUAUGGUAUCGUGAACACUUAAAGGCAAGGUAUAAACAUGAGGCCCAGUAUCCUUAUCCUUUGACCUAUGACCUCUGAAAUAGAGUCGGCUCAUGUUUGAGCCAGUGUGGACAUUACUGUGGAGUUCGAAGAUAGAUCCCUCAAAGGGAUCCUGAGAUGGCACAUUAGCAAGAAUUCCCCAAAAGAAUGUAUGGACACACGCACAUACAGACAGAAAAUAAUGCUUUCAGCUCUGUCAUUGCUGUAUCUUGUUUUAUAAAUCAGGUUUGUAAAGGGUAAAUGACUCUAUCAGAUAAUGUCAGCAAACUCUUGAACACUGCCUAAAUUGCUCAAACAUGUUAGCAACUUCUUGGUGAUGAAACGUUGAUAUAUUUGUGCAAUUUACAGUGCACUCUUGCUUGCAGCAGGAUCUGAAGUGUUUUUGUGCUUUGGUACUUUGUCAUACCAUUGAUCAUUAUAACAAAAGAGAUAGUAGUAUUUAAAAGUGGUAUCAAAGAAUUUAAAAUUCUGACAACCCUAACACUAGACCUUUAUUGUUGUGUACAUUUUGCAAAAGCACAGAUGAAACUAAUAGAAAAAGGUGAUGCCUCAACUCAAAGUAGGUGUUACGUCAAACCAGCAGCAUGAAUAAUACAAGAGUGACGCAUACAAAGAGGACAUAAUCAUUACUUAUGCUAUUUGUUACAUCUGUGAGAGGAAAAAACAAGUAUAUUAAUGAUAUUUGGAAAAGAUGUCACCGAAACAUUCUUAUAUCUACCAAAAGGAUCGCCAAUCCUCAUGUUUUCAGGAAUUUCACCCUAAAAUAACUAUACUAGCAUCAAAGUACACACAGUGACUGUGUCUGACUAUAGAGCUUGGAUUGUUUUUCUUUUUUGUUUUCUUGUAUGUUUCCACACUGUUUUGUCCAGUUUAUGGACACGUUCCUUUAUCUCAGAGAUUAACACUUCUUCAGGAAAAUCUAAAAAGCCUUAAACGAUGUCAUAACUACUUUGCACCAUGUUUACAGUUGGAUCAAUGUACAGGUUUAUCAGGCCCAUCCUUUGGGCUCAUUACAGAUACUCAUUUGCAAUAUGGCACUUUUUUCUUACAGUUGUGUUUGGCUGAAUAUUGUAACGGCUUGCACUGUUACUAUGCUUCUAAGAGCAAGCACCAUGGAACUUUGCUAGUGUGUUGAUAACCAUUGGUUUUUAAAACUGCCUUUUUUGUCCAAGUGCUUUAGAGGGCGUGAUAAAAAGAACUGGGUAGCUGUAGUUUUUAGAUUUUUUUUAGUGUUCGCUUAGUCCUCCAGGCUAUCUCUUAAUGUGGAAUUUGUGUGUUUUUGUUUGUUUUCUUUAAGGAAAAAUGCUUCAGUUACAUUUCCAGAUCUGUUGACAGUCUCCUCCACUCUAAAAUCAAGGAGAAAGACUUCAUAAUUCAUCUUUGCACCAUCCACAUUUCACUGUUGUCUCAUUCUUAUGAGAGCUUUGAAAACUUGUACUCAUUACUUCUGCAGAGGUUCGAUCUGUUUACGGUUUUGGGGUUACUGCUGGCAGAAACCUUGAACACUUGGACUGUUAAACAAAAGGGACACAUGCUUGUUUUCUAGGUCUCCAAAUGGACAUAACCUCUUCUCUCCUCUCAUGGAUAGGAGCAUCUUCUCAUAUAAACUCUGUGCGCAUCUCAAAGCUAUAAUACCACAGUAAGAACAUACCUCACUCAUUUUGUUUGCAGUGUCUGUACAGAAUCCAUCCAUCCUGUCUCAGAACCUUCUACAAAGCCACUGAGCCUUGGAUUUCAGAAACAUUUUUUAUCACCUAGAUAAUCUGAUGUGUAUCCUUAUCUUCCUCAUGUCUUAUUAUGCAAAGUCACUACGACUGCUGUGUAGCAGCAGAAUCUCCUCCUCCUCUCUGCCUUGGUGAAUUCUGGUGUUAUUAUACAGUAGUGAAAUAACCUCCCAUCAGGAGUUUUAGACACCAAGGGAAAGACUUGCUGUGGACUCAGGCAGAGGCUUAAUAGAGGUAUUUAAGUUUAAAAUAAUACCUGUAGACUGUCACUUCACUGCAGAUUUAAAAAUAAGAGCUCAGUCCAAAUCUAUCUGUUCAUAUCACUGAAUGUGGCUCGAUGUCAGACGAACGUUAUCCACUUUGGAUUUAAUUUUUCGCUGCCUCGCUGCGAAAGAAAAAUACUGCAAUGAAUUCUCGUGUCACCACACUAAUUCAGAUAUGCACAUUGUACAGAAAUGGAUGUUUUUUUAAAUUGAUGCCUAAUUUUUACAUUAAUGUAAUUUUUAAAACUCCUCUUAGCUUUAGUAGAGGUGACGAGGAGGAACUGUGGAACUAAAUACUUGCUGCAAGAAGCUGUUUUGAUAUUUAUAUUCUCAGGUGUCUUAAAUUUUUUGAGCAUUGGAGUUUCAAUAUUUCCUGUUCAACACCUAAGUACAAGCAUGUUUUUAUUUCUUUUUGUUACGCUGAUUAAUUUAUUCCAAAAAAUGUAUCAUUUGUGUGGUUUAAUUAUUCUUUCAUAACUCAUUUUGUGAUAUGGAACAGUACUAAUAUUAAAUGGUUCCAUUGUUUGCUUGACAUGAGAAUACCAUUGCUUUUUUAAGAAUAAAAUCCUUAAGUUGUA